UCCGGUCCCAGGCAGAGCCGCAGCGGAUUGUGUGAACAGUCGUAGUCGCGUCGCGCUCUCGAAUAGUGAAACGAGUUUUGACGCAUAAUGUUGAGGCUGAUUCAUAUUUGCACUUACUUCUUGCUGCUCUGCCUGGCCCUCAGCCGGGCACAGCCCGUGGACUAUAGCAAUCCGAAGUCACAGGUGGAGUACAUAAGCACGGACGCAGAUCGGGGCCCGAAGCCGAACAUUGUGCCGGUCACCAGACCUCCUCUUGUCAUCGAUACACCGCCGCCAGCACCGGCCAAUUCGAAGAACUUUGCCUUCAACCCAAAAACGCAGACCUGGACCCUCAUUAAGCCGGGCGAUCCACAGCCCGAAGAGGGCGCCUUGUUAUGGAAUCAAAGCAACGAUAAGUGGCUGACUAAAGUGCCGGGCUCGUUAAGCAUUUGAGGCCCAACCACUAUCACCACCAUCAAGCAACAAGCUCUCUAUACUUGUAUUCGAUUUGAUAUUCAACCUAUUUAGCAUGAAUGAAGCAAAAAUGCACACUACAAGCAAUUAUGUAUAUGCUUUUUAAAUAAGUCCUUAAGUUAAAUAAAAUUAUUUCCAACCCCA